AUGCCGAGCUGGAGACCGCUCCCGCGCAUCGCGUUCGCAAUAUGCAUAUACCCCUUCCAGCCCUCGUCGCCCGCCGACCUACCCCUCGAGAUCGGUGACGAAUUGUACAUAAUCGAGCAGGGUGGCCAGGAUGGAUCAUGGUAUCGAGGAUACUUGGUGGCGCCGCCCUCGCUGCUGGCCGGCUUGACGAGUGUGAAGGGCCAAACGCUCGAAGCACGCGUAUUCUCUGGCAUAUUCCCACGGGCAUGCGUCGAGGUGCGUGAGGUGCUAGGAGAAGGCAAGGACACGGCGAACCAAGAAGCUGCGAACGAUUCAGGGCGUGGAAGUCAGUACGCGCAUCCGACUAACGGCAUCGUGACGCCCACCGAAAGCACACGCGCGACCUCUCCUUUUGCAAAAGGCUCUGGGCCCAAUGCGCGACGAGCCUCGAAGAGUGACACCGUCUCUGUGCUGCCCUCAUCCCUGAUCCGCCCACUGUCACAGCGCAAGUCUGCCCGAAAGCGCGCUGGCAGCACCCAUUCGCAAUGGACCUCCCGCGAAGAACACCUCCAGCAACUAAUGCUUCCUCUCUCACCGAUAUCAGACCCGACCGCCCCCCGACCGCCCGCGCCCGUGCCCAUGCUGAAGAUUGGUGAUGAGACGCCUACAUCAGCCCAAGAGCCAUUGGUCGACGAAAUCGCGUCCUGCCUUCGAGAAUGGCAUUCCACAAAGGUACACGAGCUGCUGCUAGCACGCAAGUAUGGUUCGUUGGACAAGAUGUCGAGGCUAGUGAACCGCCUGGACACGGCACGCCGCCAGCUGUUGCACAAGGUGCUCACGGCCAAAGAGCUGGAAAAGGUACGCGAAGCGACCGUCUGGGAUCUCGUGGCGGGCAACAAGAUGCUCUGUGGGGAUGUCAUUGUGCGCAGCCCCUCGCAGCGUGGCCGCAUCCUGACGGGCGACGACUCGGCUAUCGAAGUUACGAAACUGCAGUCCAUGAUGAGUUUGCUGGACAGCAGACCAACAGCUCAGGUCGAUGAGCACAACCUACACCAUUUGUUCGUCAGUCUGAAAAAUGUGGUGGGGGACGUCGUACAAGGCGCGGCUCAGAUCAGCAUGUACCUGUGCCUGAAGGCGCCGGGGUCAGCACCACAACCACUUUCGGAGGCGUACUCUUUUGAUUUGACUGGGCGAGACGGAGCAGCCGUGUCCUUGAGCGGCGACAAACUCCGCGCAUUGCUUGUAGACCUCAGUCUGACCGACAUUGGCGAAGGCGCAGGAUCAGGUACUACAUUGUAUCUUGUCUUCAGGCUGAUGACAAACGAGCCACUUCGUUCGGCGACAACAGCAGCAGCAGAAAAGGUAGGCACGAGCAAGGAUACAGCACCAAGCAAAGGGUCUACAGUGCAGCCUUCCCAACAAGGCAGCAUCAAGGGUGGAAGGCGCAGCGUGAUGUUCGGCUCUAAGAGGAAGGAAUCAACCAACUCCCGACACACCGAAUCACGGCAUACAGACUCUUCGGACGAACGCCGCCGCCCAAGCCUUGAACAGACUCGAUCGCAGAAUUCCGAUACGCGGCCAGGCUCCUCAGCAACCGCAAGCACACGAGCCCGGGCUCUCUCUCGAGACCAGAAGACACUCAAGAGGUCUGUUGCAGUCGGCGUAGUAUCUGUGAAUCAGAUACUACAGUCCAAGUCAGAGGCGGACCAAACCGUCAGGAUGUACAGCACUGCAGUGGCUGGAGAGGACAUCUUAGAGAGUGAUGGUGGCUGGGACAGCGUGUUGCCAGAACUAUACCCAAGCGCCAGUGGCAAGUACAAGUUGAGCGCGCACAUUAGCCGACUUACCAUACACCUGAAGGCCUUUGUCCACGCCGAUGCCGAGGGUCUGAUUGAGAAGAUCCCCACCAUGUUGCACAACAUCAGGCAAUGUCGGAAGAUUGGAUUCUCAGGUGCGCCAACCAAGCCACGCAGUGACAUCUACCUCACGCUUGUCGAGCCUUUCCUCCCAAAGAACGCGUUCCUGGCUCACCCGAAGACUGGUACCGUUCCGCUGGUGCAGACCUCUCCAAUGACUAACCUCCAGCUCACGAUCGAGGUCCGGAAAAGCUCUGGAGAGCGCAUUGAGGGGUGCAUCUACCCUUCAACUAACAGCGCAGGCCAUACAGCCUGGCGCACCACAGCAGCCCAGCGCGGCGAGGGCUGGAACUCGACAAUCCGUCUUGCUAUUGACCCCCAGGACGUACCCGGAUCACACUUAGUCAUGAGCGUUGCCGAUGCGCCAGGAUUUCCAUUUGCCCUUUGCUGGAUGCCUCUUUGGAAUCAAGACGCCUUUGCUCGUGAUGGCGACCAUGCUUUAACGCUGUACAGAUACGACGAAUACACAUCGGGUAUGAUUGCCGGCAAAGGUGCAUACCUUGGUCUGCCAUGGAGUGCUAAGAAGAAGGACGAGCAUGUCAUGGGCCCCAUGGCAUCUGUUCAUGUCAAGACCUUCCUGUGCAGUACACGAUACUCUCAAGAUCCGACUAUCUUGGGUCUCAUCAAGUGGCAGGAGCAACCACCAGGAGAGCUUGUAGGACUGUUGCGCCGCUUUAACUUUGUUCCAGAGAUAGAGAUCGUCAAGCUGCUGAGCGAAGUUUUCGAUGCCCUGUUCGCCAUUCAAAGCCAUUACGCCGGUAGUGACGAAUACGAGGAUCUGGUCUUCAAUGCCGUCGUCAUAGUACUAGGCAUAGUACACGACAGACGCUUCAACCUUGAGCCUCUGGUGGACCAGUAUGCACGAACCAAAGUGUUUCAUUCUCUUGUUACUUCGUGCCUGAUGCAAAGCCUUGGUCGACUUCUCGCCAAACCUACAGACUCUGAGAUUUCUCGACGAUUGCGCGCCACGUUCAAAGUCGGCAAACUCAUCAUGAAGUUCCUGGUCAACGCACGGGAGAAGCAGAAAGCGAAAGAAGAGAGCAUUGGCAUCAAGGAUCGGACUCAGUUCAGUAAAGAGAUGAAGACGCUCUUUACAUCGCUGCAAGCGCUGAUGGAAAAUCCCUCGCCUGUUCUCAUCGGAACCAAAACCCUCCUCGUACAGAACCUUCACUCGUGGCUUCCCGAACUUGACGGAUGUAUGCCGGCCACAGAGGUCUUCAAGCUUACGGCAGGCUUCGUUGACUCAUGCUCCAAAGUACAGGGAAAGCUGAUUCUCUACAAGCUUCUCUUGAUACACCACCUCUCUGACCUUCAGAUCUUCAGGUCUCCGGACGUACGUCGCCUGCUUUUAGCAAGUACUGUUCAGUGGUUAGCGCCAUACUGGGGUAGAGUGGAGACUGUCACCGACCAGUGGAAGGAUCAAGUCCGUCUCUGCUGUUCCGUGGUUGCGUCGCAGGUUGAAGAGCUAGGAAAAGAAGCUUGCGAGUACAUGCCAAAGCUCGUAGACUCAUACCGCGCAAUUCAAGCCACCCCUCGGCCGGCUAAGAAGACACUCUCGCUGCUCUUCCCAACGAGUUAUCCAUUCCAAUCACGAGCGGCGACUGCCGAAGCUCCGUUUGACGAGGCAAUGGCCGAGAUAUCAGCUGUACUCGCCGCUAUGUCUAGCCUACCUAUCCUCUUACAGCCCGAGCUGCCCAAGGAAGAAUCAGCAGAGUUCCUCUUCACCAUACUGCAGGUCUACAUAUCGAUUCUGGAUUGCGAGGCUUACCCUAGCUCAUGGCUGAGUGUACACAUCUACCAUCAUAAAGCCACCAUGCGUGCAUUAGAGAAGCUUUUCAACAUCUUGCAUGACUCUUUCCUCCCACUCCCUGAUGAGGCCGAUAGCUUCAAUACAGAACUCUGGCGAGCUUUCUUCGAUGCGCUGUUAAAACUCGUCGGUAGCGAUGCUCUCGCGCUUGAGACUUUUCCGGAGCAGAAACGACGCGCUGUGUGGAAGAUUGCUGGCGAUGUUCGCGAGCAUGGCGCCGACCUGCUACAACGUAGCUGGGAAGCGAUUGGUUGGGAGGCCAGCGCUGAAGAUAAGGGUCAAUACGGGCUUGAAAAGAUGGGUGGUUUCCAAGUGCAAUACGUGCCCGGACUUGUUGCGCCUAUCGUUGAGCUCUGUCUCAGUGUACAUGAGGGCCUUCGCAGUGUAGCCAUUGAAGUGCUGCAAACGAUGAUUAUCAGCGAGUGGACGCUCAGCGAGGAUCUUGCUCUUGUACAAGCCGAGAUGAUCGAUUGUCUGGACAAUCUCUUCAAAACGAAACACUUGACCGAGGCGGUCUUGCAAAAGCACUUCAUCCAGGAGCUGGUAGAACUGUUCGAGCCUCUUGCUCAGGAUCCGGAAGAACCAUUGCUAGCAGCUUUGAAAGACCUUAUUUCGACCAUAGAUGAGCUACUGGACCUUCUCGUUGCUGUGCAUAGCACCGACGCAGCUGGUGAAGUCUUCCACAUCAUGGACACUCUGCAUCUUAUGGAGUUCCUGAAGGACAUGCAGAAAGAAGAUAUCUACAUCCGUUAUGUGCAUCAGCUUGUGGAAUUGCAGGUGGAUGCGGGAAACUACACGGAAGCAGGUCUUGCGCUCAGAUUACAUGCCGAGCUUUACGAAUGGGAUCCGAACUCGACUGUGGAUCCGCUGACCGAACCCAACAUGCCGCCGCAGCCUGCGUUUGAACGUAAAGAGCAGCUGUACUUCCAAAUGAUCGAUCACUACGAAACCGGACAGUCAUGGAACAAUGCGUUAGCCGCCUACACGGAGCUCGCAGCCCAGUAUGAACACAACAUAUUCGACUUCGCCAAGUUGGCUCGUGCACAGCACGCUAUGGCAAAGAUUCACGAAAGUAUUGCAAAGGGCGAACGUUCGAAUCCACGUUACUUCCGCGUAGUAUACAAGGGUUUAGGGUUUCCGCCAGGACUUCGAGACAAGCAAUUCAUCUUUGAGGGAUCGUCCAACGACCGGUUGGCAUCAUUUACGGAUCGAAUGCAGCAACAACAUCCUUCAGCGCAAAUCGUCAACCUAGGUGGAGAGCAAGACCUCGAGGGCCAGUACUUGCAGAUCUACCCUGUAAGUCCACAGAAGGACCUUACUCAUCCGAUCUACCAACGGGCGAAGGUGUCUCAAUCCGUCAAGGACUACUAUUUACUGUCUCGUCCGUCGCAUUUCACAUCGGCAUCUCGUCGAUCGCCGUCUACCGUCAACGCAAGAGAUGCAGCAGCAGAGAAAACGCUCUACACUACGGCAGAGAGUUUUCCUACGAUUCUGCGAAGAAGUGAGAUAGUAGCGGUUGGUACAGUGACACUUACACCACUGCAAAUGGCCAUUGAGCGAACCUCGCGCAAGACUGGGGAGCUCCUUGCAAUCGAGAAACGAAUUACGGAUGGCGAUGACACUACAUUCAACACACUGACUCAAGAGCUCAUGUACGCAGUAGAUAUGAAUUCCCGGGACUGUGUUGCGAACUAUCAUGAUUUGCUGCCUCCUCCAAGUGAAGAGGAUGACGAGGAAGAUGGUGAAAACGCACGACGGCCCAAUCCGCUGGAAAACGGCUUACGGGUGGCGCUGAUUGACUACGCUCUGGUCAUCCGUCGCUGCCUGUCGUUGUAUGUGAGGCCUGCCCAGCAAGCCACCAAAUCAGACCUCACGCAGCGCUUCGAAUCAGCCUUUUUUCGCGAGUUGUCUACGCUACUCCCACCGAACAUGGCACCAACACUACGCUCGCCUACCGGCUCGUGGCUCGCAGCAGCUACCUCUCGCUCUCAGAUAGCGAGUCCGACGCCCGAUGAGGCCCAAGUGAACGGCGAUAGGGGAACGUCACCGGUUCUCAACGGUCGGGCUUCCCGACAAGACAAGAAGAGGCUCAGUCUAGCCUUUCUGACGAAGGAGUUCCUCAUGGGUGAGCCCGAGAAGGAGAAGGAGAAGGAAAAGGAAAAGGAUGCCAAACCUGAAAAACCCUCGGCCGACGACGAUGCGUCAACGACAGUGUCAUCGCGAAGUCGCAGCAAGGAGACGCACACGAGAAACCGCUUAAGUCUGAGCUUCCUCAACCAUACGCCAAGCUCGCCUCAACCAGAAGCGUUGCCGAGCUUCUCCAGCCAGGCACCGACAAACCGAAGCGACGCCAGCCUCCAGCGACAAGCUAGCCAGAAGCGGCCAGAAACAAUCAAGAGCCAAAAGAGCGACAAAUCGCUGUCUUCACGUACCGACAGCGUGAAGAAGAGGCUUAGCUUCAUGAAUAUCUCGAAGAAGAGCAGUAAGAGCAGUGUCCGGGGACGCGUUGAUGAUACCCUGGUGGAGGAGUAG